GCUUCGGUUUGGCGAGAUGAAAUUCACCACUGCAUUUGUUGUGUUGGUAGCUGUGCUCGGAAGCUGCUAUCUCGUUAGCGCCCAGACGCACAACUACUUCUUUGGAGCACGCGUUCUGUACGACAGCCUCGUCAAUCAGACCACCGUGAUCCAGUCGGGUUCGUUCCUGCGAGUCAAGUCACUUAAUGUGGAUUAUCCGCUGAAGGGACAGCGUGGUCGCAACAUUACCGCCAUCUACGUGUACGAUCGGCUCGGUGGAGGCCGUGGUGGAUACGCUAGCAUCACGAAAGGUGGAAUCGGACAGAACUUCACCAGAAUCAAUUUGAAAACGCAGCGCGGUAAUGGCAUGAACUUCCAGGUGGAAAUCUACGGCCGAUAAAAUGGAAGAAGGGUC